AUGAUGUUUUCCAGACAGAAUUUGGUAGUGGCAAUUUGUUUGAUUGCUCAAGCCGUUGCUAUCCCAAUUCUGGAGCCAAGAGCAACUGUGGGUAAGUACAUACUUGGACAAGUAUCAAAACCAACAGUGGUUGACAAUGAUAAAGCCAUAUCUGCCUUUCCCGAUCUUCAGCGCGCGGCAAAACUCUCUUCUGCGGCCUAUUCAGGCUGUAUUGGAAAGGCAUUUGACGUUUCUAUCACCAAAACAAUAUACGAUGCCCUCACAGAUACCAAUGGAUAUGUUGGCUAUUCCGACAGCAAGAAAACAAUCGCGGUUGUGAUGAGAGGAUCUACCACCGUCACCGACAUUUUGAACGAUGUCGACACUACUCUCGUUACACCUUCCCUGUCAGGUGUGAGCUUCCCAUCCGGAGUGAAAAUCAUGAGCGGAGUCAACCGACCUUGGUCUGCUGUGCAUGAUUCUGUCAUUUCGGAAGUGAAGAGACUGGUUGCCAAAUACCCAACAUACACUUUGGAGGCCACUGGUCAUUCGCUUGGUGGUGCUCUUACGUAUAUUUCGCACGUGGCUCUGGCACAGAACUUUCCAGGAAAGCAAUUGACCAGCAACGCUCUUGCUGCUUUUCCUAUUGGCAACUCGGCUUGGGCCAGUUUUGCCGGCUCACAAAGUGGUACCUUGAACCGUGGAAACAAUAUUGCCGACGGCGUUCCUAACAUGUACGUCAGCGGUAUUUACAAUUUUGAGCACUACGGAACAGAAUACUACAGCUCUGGAUUGGCAACAACCUGCCUUAAGUGCCAGGGAGAGCGCGAUCUUGCUUGCUCGGCAGGAAAUCUUAUGUAUGGUGUUACUGCUGGCCAUUUCCAAAGCUUUGGUAUCGGCUUAGGCCUUGCUGGUUGCUUUUGA